AUGGCUUACGAUCCAUCAAUGGGAGGCCAAAACCAGAUACCAGGCUAUGAAGAAGAAAUUCCUAAGCUUGUUACUGUUGUUAAAGAAGAAAAAUCAGAUAACUGCUACACAUUUACAGUCCAAAAGGAAGAUCACACACUUGGAAACCUUUUAACAGAUCAACUUCUUACAGAAAACCGUAUUCUCUUUGCAGGCUAUAGAAUUGAACACCCUACGAAAGAUUUAAUCAAAAUUAGAGUUAAAGCAAGUCAAAAUGUCAAUCAUCCAAAAGAACUUAUCGACCCUGCUAUCGAAGCUCUCAAAACUAAGAUCGCUGGCCUUCAAUCUUCUUUCAUUUCCUCUUGCCAAUCAUUUGAUAAGAGGUCACAGAACUAA